AUGCCGCGACCAAACUCCUACAGAAUUGUCGUGAAUACCAUUGAAUGCCGCGUGACUUCCAGCGACUACCGCGCGACUUCCAGUGACUGCCAAGAUGGAACACCUUUUCCAACAUUCGACUAUGAAGAUCCCCUUUUGUUCACUGGUGUACUUCGAGCGGUGGCCGCAGGAAAUUUGGAUGAAUUAAAAACAUUAAUUUCAAAAGGAAGAUCUCCGAAUAUAAACGAUAAUAAUGGAAAUACACCUUUACAUGUAGCAGUUAUCAGAAACCAUGCAUACCGAUUAAGCAUUGAGAAACAUAACGAGCAAGUAAAGAAUAAUCGGUAUGUCUUAUCUAAAAUUAUCAACUGCAUUAAAUUUUGUGGUGCUUUUGAACUUGCUCUCCGUGGACACGAUGAACAAAAAGAUUCAUUGAACCCAGGUAUAUUUAGAGGUCUCAUAAAUUUUUCUGCCGAAUUGGACUUAGCACUGAGGGAUCAUUUGCAGCAACCUACCGUGUUUAAAGGCACGUCAAAAGACAUUCAAAAUGACUUACUGGAAUGUAUGCUUUCGGUCUGUCAAGCAAAUAUCAAAAAAGAAAUUGCUUCUUCAAAUUUUGUUUCCGUUAUGAGUGACGAAACAAGUGAUAUUUCAAAUAUUUUCCAAAUGGUUAUAGUUUACCGUUAUACUCUACCAAACGGCACACCUGUUGAACGAUUUUGGACUUUUAUAAAACCAAAUGAUCACGAUGCUGUUGCUUUAGCUGGCUGCAUAGAAGAAUCUUUAAAUCCUGAUCAGUUAAUCUCCCAAAGCUAUGACGGAGCAAGUGUCAUGAGUGGCGCCCAUGGUGGUGCAAAUGUACGUAUAUUUUUUGCAGAUCUGAGUGACAUUACCAAUUUUUUUUCAAAUUCUCCACAAAGAGUGGCCAUAUUAGAUGAAGUGGUUGGAAAUAGGGUUCCUAGAGCUGCUCUAGGAACAUCUGCUACAAGGUGGAACUUCAAAAUCAGAACCGUUAACACUGUUUAUGAAAACAAAGAAUCACUUCUAGAGUGUAUGGAAAAAAUACAAUCUACAUCCAGACAAUCUGAUACCAUCAGAAAGGCAGGUGCACUUUUAAGGUUAUUACAUGACCGUAAAUUUGUUUUUUGGUUAACAGUGUUUCAUCGUGUGAUGCCCCACGUUGAUAUUUUAUAUUCACAGCUACAAAAAAGGGCAACUGAUUCCGUAACUGUGAAACGUAACAUUACUGAGUUUGAAAAAAAUAUUCAAAAAGAAAGAGAUAAUAUACAUACUAUUAGAGAAAUCGAGUUAGCAGAUAUUGAUGAGAGUCAAGCUAGGAAAAGAAGAAAGAUGGAUGAGAGAAAUUCCUAUGUUUCCACGACUGUACAAGCUAAAGAAGUGUGUGACACCAUAAUUGCAGAAAUAAAAAAAAGGCCUGAGAUCGUCGACUACCUACUAAGCCUUGAGGAAACUGUUGUAAACAGUAGAAACUUUUCUGGAGAAACUCCACUAUUUCAUGCUGUUAAACGAGAGGAUUUGCAUCUAUUAGAAAAACUUAUUGAAGCUAAUGGAAACGUUAAUCAACCAAACCAUUGCGAAAUAACUCCCCUACAUUUAUCAGUAUUAGUCAAUAAUCCGGAAAUAGCACGCGUCUUAAUUCAAAAUGGUGCUAAUUUGAAUGCACAAGAUUAUAAUGAUGAAACGCCACUUUAUUAUGCAGUAUGUUCAUCUUGCAUUGAAAUCGUUUGCAUGUUGCUUUAUUUUAAUGCUGAUGCAAAUAUUGAAUGUGGUUGUGGAAUCACCCCUUUUAUGAACUCCAUUUUGCUAGACAGAUUAGAAAUACAAGAAAUACUAUUGGAUUAUGUAGAUGAUUUCAAUAAAACUACUAAAGAAGGAAUUUCGGUUUUGAAUUUGGCUUUUGAACACACUUGUCCAUAUGUUGAAACAAUUAUCAAUAGGGGAGCUGAUGUAAACUCAAAUGUCAUUCAGGUGUGUUUACGAUUUCCUAAUGUAGAUAAAUUUAGAAUUAUUUGGAAAAAAAUUGAAUAUCUAGAAAUACAAUUUAGUUACACAAGUUACUUACACAUGCUUGUAACGUAUUUAAAUAAAAGCGACCUUUAUCAAUAUCUACGUGUAAUAAUAGAUAGUGAUAAUUUAGAACCCUUUUUUAAAGGUUUCGAAUUAGAUUCUCUUUGCAGAAAAAUAAUUGAUAGUAGCGACAAAGAUAAUUGGUUUAACAUUAUUAAUGAACUAGUAAUUCUUUAUUUAUCUCAUGGCUAUAUUUUAACACAUAAAGUCAUAGGACCGCUCUAUAAUUUAUUUGGAUAUAAUGAGCUUUUUUAUAUAUGCCUUCACAUGGACAUUGCUGUUCCAUUUCUAUCAUUUCAUGAGUUGGACAGUAGCAGACUUGAUAAUUUUUUAUGCCACCCUGAAAUGCGUGUAGAAUGUUUUAAACAAUUAAUUUUUAUGUCUUAUCACCACCAUCAGGAACUUCAUGCUCAAUAUGUUAGAAUUCUGAACAAAGAAAUUCUACCCCACUUGAGAAUUGGUUGCCCAAGGAUACCAACUGAAUUUACUGCUCAUCCAGUUCCUUCAUUAUUGGAACUUGCAAGAAACACGGCGCGCGAUGGUUUAGUAGAGAAAUUCAAGUUAUUUGAACCUAAACAGUAUUAUUUUUUUAUUGAUAAUAUGCCUAUUCCAAAAGUGAUCAAGCAUUAUUUAACGUUUAGGAAACCAAUUUAUUCCAUCAAAAUGGAGUAG